AUGAAAUACCGGACGACGUUGGGGUGCUUCAGCUCCUGGAGCAGAGACACCUCCCGGACAGCGGUGCUGGGGACGCCCUCCUCCUCACUCUCCAGACGGAUCUUCUUCAUGGCCACCACCUGCCCUGUGGCCUUGUGCCGGCCCUUGUACACCACCCCGCUGCUGGAUGUCCUGAUGCAGGAGUCUCGUCUCUACCUCAUCUUUGAGUUCCUGUCCAUGGACCUGAAGAAGUACCUGGACUCCAUCCCCUCUGGACAGUACAUGGACGCUAUGCUAGUCAAGAGCUACCUGUACCAGAUCUUGGAGGGCAUCUAUUUCUGCCACUGCCGCAGAGUCCUGCACCGGGACCUGAAGCCCCAGAACCUCCUGAUCGACAACAAGGGGGUGAUCAAGCUGGCCGACUUCGGCCUGGCCCGGGCCUUCGGGGUCCCUGUGCGGGUCUACACCCACGAGGUGGUGACUCUGUGGUACCGGGCUCCAGAGGUCCUCCUGGGCUCGCCCAGGUACUCCACCCCGGUGGACGUGUGGAGCACCGGAACCAUCUUCGCUGAGCUGGCCACCAAGAAGCCGCUGUUCCACGGAGACUCAGAGAUAGACCAGCUCUUCAGGAUCUUCAGGUACAGACGGACCCGCACGCCCACCGGCCAGAACCCUGAGACCCUGGGGACCCCAAACAACGACGUGUGGCCCGAGGUGGAGAGCCUGCCCGACUACAAAAACACCUUCCCCAAGUGGAAGUCCGGAAACCUGUCCUCCAUGGUGAAGAACCUGGACAAGAACGGCCUGGACCUGCUGGCGAAAAUGCUGACCUACAACCCUCCAAAGCGGAUCUCUGCGCGCGAGGCCAUGACGCACCCCUACUUUGACGACCUGGACAAGUCCACGCUGCCAGCUGCUAGCAUCAACAAAAUCUAG